GCUCGGGGCCCUCGGACGCGGGGACAGCCCCCCAAAAAAGCCCCCCGUUUCCCACCGCGUUGCUCCCCCGCUCUUUACAAUACCUAUGUAGCGGAAUCUGCGCUGGACGUUAUCUUCUACAAUCAUUCCCAGAAUUUAAUAUAACGCAAUGUAAAAUUGAUCUGCAUGUCAUUCUAAUUACCCCGGAUUUUAUCCUGUUUUUAGUCUCCGCGUAUUCCACGUACCGAGUGCAAAAGGUGGCAGAUUCCGUCAAGCUCCGCGCCGGUGUCGGCAGCCUCCGCAUUCUUUGCGCGGGGAGAGGAUCCAGUGGAGAUUCCGCCCCAAAUAUGCACUGUAACAGUGACCUCCAAUUGCCCUACUAUUGCCACUGUCAGCAGCGCCAGAGAAGCCACCCGAUACUGUGCACCAGAACAGUUGGCCGGGUUGUCUGCGCACCGCGGUCAGUCAGCCUUGGAUAAGCACACACAGGGCAACCGUUUUCUCCAAAACGGCCGUCUGCUUUGUCUACUUUCGUCUCUUCUCUUCCGUACUCUUCUACUUUCUGUACAUCUCCAAUUGACUUCGACACUUUGUAUUUCUCCCAAUUCUUGCCAUUGCUAUAGCCAUCAUCGUCAACCAUCAUGAAGGACGUCACCGCCGAUGACGCCCAGCUUGCUUCGAUGGGCCACAAGCCCGAGCUCAAGCGAAGCUUUUCCAUGCUAUCCAUGCUUGGUCUCGCCUUUGCCGUGCUCAAUUCCUGGACAGCCUUAUCUGCCAGUUUGUCCGUCAGCCUUACGUCCGGCGGCAGCACCAGUAUCGUAUGGGGUCUAGUAACCGCCGGUAUCUGCAACCUUUGCAUUGCAUCCUCCCUUGCCGAAUUCCUCUCUGCAUAUCCGACCGCCGGUGGCCAAUAUCACUGGGUAGCAGCUAUUUCAUGGACCGAAUGGGUUCCCAUCCUAUCAUGGGUAACUGGCUGGGUUAAUGUCGUCGGCUGGGUUGCCCUUGUUGCCACAAAUGCCCUCCUCUCUAGCCAGCUGAUUGUUGGUAUCAUCUUUGCUGUCCACGGUUACGAAGUGACUCGUUGGCAGCAGUUCCUCAUCUACAUUGGCUUCACCGUCCUGUCCUUCCUCAUCAACGCCUUUCUCAACGGUGUUCUUCCCAAGAUUUACCAUGGUGCCUUCAUUUGGUCCAUUGGUGGGUUUGCUCUCGUAUCCAUCACUGUUUUAGCUUGCUCCUCGCCGCACUAUAACAGUGCCGAGUUCGUUUUCGCCAACUUUAUCAACCAAACUGGAUGGCCCGAUGGUGUUGCUUGGCUUCUCGGCCUCCUACAAGGUGGCCUUGGUCUGACCGCUUUCGACGCCGUGGCACACAUGAUUGAAGAAAUCCCCGAGGCUUCCAAGCAAGGACCCAAGAUUAUGAUCACCUGUGUUGGCAUCGGUACCUUUACUGGCGCUAUCUUCCUCAUCGUCCUGCUCUUUGUCGCUGGCGACAUUGACACCGUCAUCAGCUCGCAAUCUGGCCCCCUUCUUGAAAUUCUCAUGCAUGCUACAAAGAGCAAAGUUGGUGGUAUCUGCCUUCUCAUGCUCCCACUUGUCUGCCUCGCUUUUGCCACCAUUAGCGUCAUGACAACAAGUAGCAGAAUGAUCUUCGCGUUCGCACGUGAUGGUGGACUUCCAUUUUCUCGAGUGUUUUCUCGUGUACACCCCAAGCUUGGACUCCCACUCAAUGCACUUCUCCUGACCUCUGGUGUCGUCAUCGUCUUCGGAGUCCUCUUCAUUGCCUCCACCAGCGUCUUCAACGCCAUCAUCUCCGCCGCUGUGGUUACCUUGGACCUCUCGUAUGCCAUGCCCAUCGCAGUCAACUGCUUGCGAGGUCGUAAAAUGCUACCAGAGCGUUACUGGAACCUCCCCCAAUGGUUUGGAUGGACAGCCGACAUCAUCUCGCUGUCUUACAUUUCUUUGACAACGGUUUUGUUCAUCUUCCCGCCCAAUCUGCCCGUCACUGGCGAUAACAUGAACUAUUGCAUUGUUGCGUUCGCCAUCAUCAUUGCCAUUUCUGUUUUCCAAUGGAUAAUAGAUGGCCGUAAAACCUUUACCGGUCCUCGUGUCAAUCUGGAGGACUUUACCGUCGACCCUGCUAGAAUAGAGAGCAAGGACAUUAUCACUACAGAGCACAGCAUAUGAAA